AGUGACAGACGGCAAGAAAUAUUGGGUACAGGUGCUUCUUUCUUUCAGUCUACUCGGAUUUUAAAAUGAUGUUUCACACCGGUUUUUCCCCAAGUGAAGUAUAAUUGCCGUAAAUUAUCGAUUACAGAUGGUUUUACAUACAUAUAUGAUUGAAAGGAUACAUACAAAGACAGAUACUGAACGGUGAGAAAGUUGUGAACUAGAUACCACAGAUAUGCCAGGAAAGCAAAAGUCCUUCUGUUGGUGUUUUGGAGGACGGCCUCCAGAAAUCACAUAUGGGAUAGAAAAUGGUGCACCCCUCAAGGCCAUGGCCGUGGAUGUACCCAUGCCAACCGACGAGGAUGAACUCAAUGCAAAAUUUGACGAAAUAGUUGCCGAGUUAGAUGUUGACAAACCACACAGGGAUGCCUUGUACAGCUUACCCCCAGAGAAGAAAUGGCAGCUCUACUGUAGUAGAGUACAGGACAGAGAUAAUAUGUCAGCAGACAGUUAUGUGGACAAAAUCAAGGCAUUAUCUCCGAAUCAUAUGAGCUUUGAUAUGGAGGAGGAAGAUGCCCGACACAAACAGAUGGACAACCUGAAAACUGCUCUCCGUACCCAGCCAAUGAGUUUUGUGACUCGAUUUAUCGAGUUGGAUGGUCUGCAGAGUCUUCUGAACUUCCUGGAGAAAAUGAAUUAUGAAACAAUGCAGGGCAGCACCCAUACUGCUGCUAUUGGCUGCAUCAAGGCACUCAUGAACAACUCGCAAGGGCGAGCGCAUGUGUUGGCCCAUCCCAACUGUAUCAAUAUCAUCGCCCAGAGCCUGUCCACAGAGAACAUCAGGACCAAGGUGGCAGUACUGGAGAUCUGUGGUGCUGUCUGCCUUGUACCUGGUGGCCAUAAAAAGGUUCUGGAAGCAAUGCUUCACUUCCAGAAAUUCUCAGCAGAACGCACCAGGUUUCAGACCUUGGUAAAUGACCUUGACCGCAGUACAGGUGUUUAUAAAGAGGAAGUGAGUCUGAAAACGGCCAUCAUGUCAUUCAUCAAUGCUGCACUGCGAUAUGGAUCAGGACAGGAUCACCUUGAGUUUCGUUUACACCUACGUUAUGAGUUCCUGAUGUUGGGAAUCCAACCAAUUAUAGAUAAGCUGAGAAAACAUGACAAUGCCACAUUAGACAGACAUUUAGAUUUCUUUGAAAUGAUGAGAAGUGAAGAUGAAAAACAAAUGGCAAAGAAAUUUGAAAAUGUACACGUGGACACAAAGAGUGCCUAUGGAAUGUUUGAUGUGCUGAGGAAGAAGUUGACCAUGUCAACAGCAUACUCUCACUUCAUGUCUCUACUGCAGCAUCUCCUCUUAUUCCCCUUUGGCAAUGAUGCUAAUGUGGUGGCGGUAUGGCAGAUUGUUGAUAGGAUUGUCCAGCAGGUCGCACUACAGCAGAAAAGUGGACAGGACCCAGACUGCACAGUCGUGGAAAUGAAUGUCAAGGGACUUAUUCGACAGAUGAGUAGCGAGUAUGAUAUAAAGACUUGGCAGCAAAAGAUACGUGAUUUGGAGAAAACGACAGACGACCUUCAGAACAAGGUCACCAAGAAGGAGCGGGAAUGUGAAAUCAAAGCAGAGGAAAAGGAUGAAUUGUCAUCCACAGUGACGAGAAUGAAGAACAAGUUGGAGAAGGAAAUGCAAGCACAGCAGGAAAUGAAACAGACGAUAGCAGAAUACUCUGCUCAAAUAGAGGCUUUGAGGAACCAGCUAUCUGCUGAGCGGGGUGAGAGACAGAAACUGACACAUCUUGUGAAGACAGGCAGUCUUCCAGAUGAUGCAAAGGUGGGGUUGUCAACCGCAGCCAUCAUGGACAUAGGCACUAACGGAAUAUUACCUGAUAUUAGUUCUAUUGGGGCCAAGCCUGCUGGUCCUCCUCCUCCACCCCCUCCUGGCCCUCCUCCACCACCACCACCCUCUGCUCCAGGUGCACCACCCCCACCUCCCCCAGGUGGUGGAUUCUCCAGCAAGCCAUCAGGACCUAAGCCUAAAAACCCAAUGAAGUCAUUUAACUGGACCAAGAUACCUGAUAUGAAACUAACAGGAACAGUCUGGUCUCAUCUGGACACAAAAAAGACAUUGAAGAUCUUGGACCUGGAAGACUUUGAACACAAGUUUUCAGCAUACCAGAAGAAACAGAAUGAGGAUGGUGAGGACACAAACUCGACCAAUAAGGCCAAGGCCAAGGAGCUAUGUGUGAUUGACGGGCGCCGGGCUCAGAACUGUACCAUAUUGUUAUCUAAGCUUAAACUGACCAAUGACGAGGUGAUGAAGGCCAUUUUAUCUGUGGACUCUCAGGAGGACCUCCCCAGGGACAUGGUGGAACAGUUACUGAAGUUCAUUCCUACAACAGAGGAGGUCCAGUUACUAGCAGAACAUUCCAGGGAGGUUGAGCAAUUGGCACGGGCAGACCGGUUCCUGUUCGAGGCCACCAGGAUAUCCCAUUAUGAACAAAGACUUAAUGCAUUGUACUUCAAGAAAAAAUUCCAGGAAAGAAUGGGCGAUAUAAGGCCAAAGAUAAGUGCUGUUGUAAAGUCCUCACAAGACCUUCCAACAAAUAAAAAGUUUAAACAGUUAUUGGAGAUAGUUUUGGUCUUCGGAAAUUUUAUGAACCGAGGACAAAGAGGAAAUGCAGGAGGAUUCAGACUAGAAAGUCUGAACAAGAUGUUGGACACAAAAUCAAGUGUUAAUAGGAACAUAACACUUCUCCACUACAUGGUGGAAGUUGUAGAGAAACAGUUCCCUGCCUUAUUGAAGUUGGAAGAUGAAAUGAGCUGUGUAAAGCUUGCUGCUAAAGUGAAUUUAACAGAGCUGGAUAAGGAUAUUGCUGUUAUAAAAGCUGGCCUAGAAGAAAUAGAAAAAGAACUGAAAUUUUUCCGAAACCAGCCUUCUCAGGAUAAACGUGACAAAUUUGUGAAUGUAAUGAAUGAUUUCAUUUCUGUGGCAUCAUAUAAUUUCUCAGAAGUGGAAGAACACCGAGAUGAAAUGCUUCAAAAGUUUAGUAAAUCCUUGAAGCAAUUCUGCGAGCAGGAUGCCUUUGACAGCAAACCCGAUGAGUUUUUCAGCAUUAUAGAUUCAUUCCUUACUUCUCUAACUGAAGCAAAGAUAGAGAAUGAACGGAUAAAAAAACAGAAAGAGGAAGAGGAGAAAAAAGCUCUUUUUGAGGAAUCCAUUAAGAAAGAGCGUGAGAGACUGAGGAGCAGAAGAGCUGACAGUCCCAUCAGAAACGGUGUAGAGGCUAAAAAAUCUAACAAAGGUGAAUUCGAUGAGCUUAUCUCUGCACUAAGGACAGGUGAUGUGUUUGGGGAUGAAUUCAAAGCCAGGCGCAUUAGGAAGAAACAAACACCAAACAAAGAUGAUACAAGGGAGAGAACUGGUCCAGUUUCCUAACAAUUUGUUAAAAUAAAGGGAGACAACUGGCACAGGCUUGGCUGUUAACACGAGUGAGGCACAUAAUUGAGUGUCAGUUCAAAUUAAAAGAGAGAUGUUUGAUAAUCUAAUAGAAGAAAAAGAGAAAUGGUGUUGCAGGACUUAAGAAGCUGAUAUCACAAAAGAAGCAGAUCCUGCAUGAUCCAAUGAAGUGUCAUGUGUCAGAAUCAACAUUAAUCUUUAAUGGUAUAGGUGCCUCUAUAUCACAACCUAGACAGAUUAAGUUGGGUAAAAACAACCAUGAUAAGAACAUAUUAGAGGUAAAAAAUCUCUCAAGAGCAAUUGGGGAAGAUUUAUCUCAUUGAUAGUGGAAAAGUGUUUGAUCUGGAAGACUUGGGUUUUUUUUUACAAUGUAAGUGUAUGAACUGUUCAUAGGAGGCAUGAAACUUAGCAUUUAUUAAUAAUGGAAGUGUAGGAUCUUUUUGAGGUCGGCAAAGACUUAACUUAUAUUUAAGUUUCUUUCUCCUUACUGUGAUUAACACAGAUUGUCAUUCCCGCAGUAGGAUUUUCAUGUUUUAAUGGGAAUUUCUUUUCACUGCAAUAUUGAAUUAAAUUCCAAUUACAUCAGUAACACUGUACAAUAGUAAGGUUUAGGAUCAUGUGGAAGUGACACUUUGUACCAAGAUAAAAUGUUAGGGCUUAAACACACACAAACUGAAGUGAAAGUUGAUAUCAUAAUCAAAACGGUUCAUAGUUCGGUGAACAAUGUUGUUAAAGUACAAUGAACUGAUAAAAGGCUGUACAGUAAACUACAACAUCUGAUGGUCUACUCACCAGGAGAACUGAUAAAAGGCAGUACGGUAAACUACAACAUCUGAUGGUCUACUCACCAGGAGAACUGAUAAAAGGCAGUACGGUAAACUACAACAUCUGAUGGUCUACUCACCAGGAGAACUGAUAAAAGGCAGUACAGUAAACUACAACAUCUGAUGGUCUACUCACCAGGAGAACUGAUAAAAGGCAGUACAGUAAACUACAACAUCUGAUGGUCUACUCACCAGGAGAACUGAUAAAAGGCAGUACAGUAAACUACAACAUCUGAUGGUCUACUCACCAGGAGAACUGAUAAAAGGCAGUACAGUAAACUACAACAUCUGAUGGUCUACUCACCAGGAGAACUGAUAAAAGGCAGUACAGUAAACUACAACAUCUGAUGGUCUACUCACCAGGAGAACUGAUAAAAGGCAGUACGGUAAACUACAACAUCUGAUGGUCUACUCACCAGGAGAACUGAUAAAAGGCAGUACGGUAAACUACAACAUCUGAUGGUCUACUCACCAGGAGAACUGAUAAAAGGCAGUACAGUAAACUACAACAUCUGAUGGUCUACUCACCAGGAGAACUGAUAAAAGGCAGUACAGUAAACUACAACAUCUGAUGGUCUACUCACCAGGAGAACUGAUAAAAGGCAGUACAGUAAACUACAACAUCUGAUGGUCUACUCACCAGGAGAACUGAUAAAAGGCAGUACAGUAAACUACAACAUCUGAUGGUCUACUCACCAGGAGAACUGAUAAAAGGCAGUACAGUAAACUACAACAUCUGAUGGUCUACUCACCAGGAGAACUGAUAAAAGGCAGUACAGUAAACUACAACAUCUGAUGGUCUACUCACCAGGAGAACUGAUAAAAGGCAGUACAGUAAACUACAACAUCUGAUGGUCUACUCACCAGGAGAACUGAUAAAAGGCAGUACAGUAAACUACAACAUCUGAUGGUCUACUCACCAGGAGAACUGAUAAAAGGCAGUACAGUAAACUACAACAUCUGAUGGUCUACUCACCAGGAGAACUGAUAAAAGGCAGUACAGUAAACUACAACAUCUGAUGGUCUACUCACCAGGAGAACUGAUAAAAGGCAGUACAGUAAACUACAACAUCUGAUGGUCUACUCACCAGGAGAACUGAUAAAAGGCAGUACAGUAAACUACAACAUCUGAUGGUCUACUCACCAGGAGAACUGAUAAAAGGCAGUACAGUAAACUACAACAUCUGAUGGUCUACUCACCAGGGAGACGGUUUUCUGUAAUCAAUAUUUUCCCUUCUGUCAUCAGUCUUCCUCUUGUCACCUGUCUUUCUGUAUGACAUCAGACGAUGUAAAGACAUUAUAACCUGGCCAAAAACGAAAUAAUAUAUGUCGGUAUACAUCACCUCAUUCCUACCAUUCUGCUGGCACUUACACCAACGUUCCAUCAUUAGAUGUUAUGAAGCUCCAGAUAACCUACAUAAAAGACUUUGUAAUUGGGAAGGAUGUUUUUAUAAUUUAAUUUUCUGAAGACAGUUGAAUUCGUAAUUGUCUCUGACAAAUUAAUACAAAAUAAACUAUUAACAAUAAUCACACAGAUGCAUUUAUCAGGAACAAGUUUUUCUUAAUGGUACAUCUUUCCAGAAUUUAGCAAUUUGUUUUGUGCUAUGGCAAUAUCUUGGUUUGAUGAAGUGUUCACCAAAGACAUCGGAAAGCAGAAGAGAUUCAUAAGCAUAGACAUUUCCUCUCAUCUGAAAUGGGAGUUGCAGUGUCAUAUCACAGGGUGAUGUGAAGUGAAUAACAGUAUAUCAUAGCCAGGUAAUACUACAUGAAUAAGAGAUGUUACUUUUCUAACUUAACUCUGAGAUCACUCACAGUUUUAUUUAUAUUGAUGUAGAAUUUGUUAGAAGCUGGAUCAGAUCUGAUUAGUAUUUUGACUUUGUAAGAAGCUGAUAAUGGUCCCAUAUUGUACAGUGAGAACAGUGUGUGUUAGUGACUAAGAUUACAUUUAUUUCAGCUGAUACAUGUAGCCUUGAUGCCUUGUAUAAACCCUGGUACCACAAUCCUUGUGAGGACCUCCAAAUGAAGUAAGACAGGACACUACAUUCUAAUAGGAUGUUGGCAGUCCAGUGAUAUUUAUUGUACCUAGAGAUGUGUUCAUUUUCUUCCAUUUCUGUCUGGAAAUGAUACAAUUCGUAAACAAAAAGCAAAAUACAUCUGACACUAUGUGUAGUUUCAAUGGUUAUCUUUCUUAUUGAAGAUUCUUUUAUUUCUACUUUGGAAUACUAGUAGCUUAUGUCUUGGUAAAAUGGUCAUAAUGGCUACCACAGUACGUGAAGAAAAUGAUGUCAUCAGCGUCAAAUCAAUUGGCAUUUUCAGCUAAGUGGAUAAAGCGUAGUUGAUUAGUACAGACAAUAUUCGCAUUCCUAAUAUAACCUUGAAGUGUGUUGAUAUACUUGAUUAUGGAUGCAGAAUAAGAAUAGGACAUGACCAAGAGUUAAAUGAUAACAAUGUACUGAAUAAUGUAGUGUUUUUUGUAGGGUUUUCCAGCAAAGAUUGAUUACGUUAUCAUGUUCAGGUAUAUGUGUAGGGAUGGUGUUUUCUGUAAGGGAUUUUGAAAAUAGUUUUUACUGAUACUCAAUUCCCAACACAGACCGUUUCUGCGAAGAAUCUCCUAACAGACUUUUCCUGCUGCAGUUUUCAUAACGAAAAUGGAAGUAGCAGUUUCGGUUAGGUAUUUCUAUCCCAGAUAUGUCCCGAUAUUAUUAUGUAACAGAUGUAGAAAGGGCAGAUUCUUGACCUGGUGUAGUUUUUCUAACAGGUCUAGGAAUAGCAAUUUAUUAAGGUAUUCUCAACUCUGAUAGUUUUCCAAACUAAACUAUAAUCUACCUAUUACAGCGGUUAUAUUUCGUUUGAUGAAAUGUUCCUGUACCAACUGUACCAAAACUGUAAUUGGAACUUUAUAUUUUAUAUUUUAAAGAACGAUAAAUUUGUAGUCCAUGGUGAAGUGAGACAUUUAAUUAAAAUCAGCAUACUUUGUUCAGAGAAGCUAACUACUAUCAUAUUAAGGGCUUACAAUGAGUAAUUUCUUUGAAACAGUAGAUUGUAGGAUUAAUCAUAUAAAAUCUUAAACCAGAUCUAUCAUUGCCCCUCAUCAAAUGUAAAGAAACGAAGAAAAACGAAGUGCAAUUGGGAAUAUUGUUUAAGUUAUUAUUGUUUUUUUUUUCUGUGUGUAUUAUUUUUUUUCGAUGUGUAUUACACUGGUGGAAGCCCAGGUACCUGAGAUGGUACUACAGUGUUAUUCCAGAAUGUCUAUUGAAAUUAUGACUAAUUAAGUUAUCGUAGUAGGUAUAACCCCCUAACCAGUAUUAUCAAACUCUUCCUGUCUGUGCUAUCGUAUACAGGUAGUAGCAUAUCUGUUGUUAAGUUGAUGAAUGUGAUUCUGACAAUGUUUCAGUCAAUAUAUUAAUUAGAAUGUAGUCCCUUAUUAACGUACGGAUGUAGUUUAUAUAUCUAAAACGUGCAAUAACAAUGAUCUUUUCUGAAAAUAUUUUAACAUGUCGUUGGUGUAGUUUGGGGAUAUUGGUAUUUACAGUCAUACUGUAAUGUAUCACAUGUAUUAUGUCACAUCAUAAUUAUUGUUACGUUUAAAAUGUCACGUGAUUCCUCCGCAAGAUUUCCAAAAACAGCUAAUAGAUCAUAAAUGUCCGUUUCAUUCCAGAAGUGGGCAGUGUUCUGAGUAGGCAGAGCUAAUUAUAGUUAACCAGUCGAUAUGAAUGGUUUUUCCAAGACUAGACGUAACUGUUUUGUGGGACGAGUUCGGAGUAAUAACACAUACUUCCUUGUUUUUUUUUAUGACAAUGUCACAUGCCUGUGAAUACAAUCGAUAAUCAAACACAUGUUUACAAAAGAGAAGACGCAUUGGUUCACAAUUGACGUGACAAUAUUUUACUGUAAAACACACUUUUUAUGACUAGAUGUUCAUACAUAUUUACUGUUCAUAUGUUAUAUUUAAAUAUUAUAUGAAAGGCUUCCAGUAACGUGUUUGACAGUGGCUACUUCCUAGAUAUGAUUCUUAUAAAUGUUCAUCACACAUAUUGGUGAUGUUACACAGUUUUGUAGCGUACAGUGUGUGUUCUGUGGUUUAGUGGUGACAAUGUCAUGUGUAGGCUUUAGCCGGUAUAGUGUUGUGAGUGAUGUGUUAUGGUUUUAUUGUGUGACCUUUAUGAAGGUCGAAUGCUAUUGUUACAUAUAUGUCAUUAUUUUUCUCUUCGCCUUGCAAAAUACAUUGCAAGGUUACAAAGAGGGAAUGUAAUAGGGAGUACGGACGUUAGUGUGCAAGAUAUCUAGCUCAAAAGUGAUAUUGCCUAAAAUCUUCAAGAAACUCUUAAAAACCCGUUUAUCUUGUAUUUGUCUUUUUACAGACAUCGUGAACAAUUUACUCUUUUUUUUUUACUGGAGAUGUUAUCUUGGCAUGUUAUACUUUUCAGUAUAAACAGUAGGUUUUUUUUGCAUGAAACACAAUGCACACUCAGAACAAUUAAGUUGAUCAUCCGAGCUGGCUGUAUUCAUUGUCUGUGUGUGUCCGGGUAUAGACUAAAAUUAUUAUUAUUUGUGCCGCGAGAUAGUGCUGAUAUGACUGAUUCAGAUUGUUUGUUGUUUUGUUUUGUUGUCGGCUAACACAUGUUAGGGUUUCUCUGUACAAUGUAAAUACAAGGUGUAACUUCAUUUCAUGGAAUAUAAAAUCAUAUUAUUUUUUCCCAAUCCUUACGCAGCCGAUACUAUUCUAUGUAUUUUUAUAUACGUCAUAUUUGUCAUUCAUUACGAUUUAUCGUUAUUUUCAUAUUUUAGAAUACCUAUACUUUAAAUGAUCAAAAUGUUAAAAACUAAGACUACAAUGAUAAUAUUACAAUUCGUAUUAUAUUACUUUAUACAUGCAUUACAUACCUCUUUUAGACGGGGAUGAGAGACCGUGAUGUACGCAUAUCCAACGAGAAAUACACAAUUUCAAAUAACUAUUCUUAAAAUCUAAUCUAUGUUCCGAAAAUUAGGGAAGACGUCUACCGUCUCAAAAUUCGCCAUCAUGUAAAUUAUUCUCCAAAAAGUGUAAAGGAAGAUUAACUGAUUGUCCAGAUUUUGAAAUUCUUUUUUAAGUUACUUUUAUUUUCCGAUUUUUCACUUUCAAAAUAUUCAUUUUCAUCAGUCAAAUAAACCAAGAAAGCAGAGAGAAACGCGACCAAAUUGAUAUUAUUUUUAAAUUAAGAGACCAACGUCUACAAUCAAAUAUCAUAUUCAUACUGUUUUUGGACAUCGUUUUAUCUUAUUUUGAUCAAUCUUUGAUUAUUAUUUCAUAUUCUGUAAUCGAAUAUUUUCCAGUAAUUAAAAUUUCAAAAACAGUACACAUUAAAACAUUCCACUUGAAUAUUGUGGAUGAAUGAAGUGAUUGAGGAAGUACUAUGUUUAGAGUAGAUUAUGUAAAGUUACGUCGCAGUGUUUGUGUGAUUUGUUUGUAUCAGUACGUAAAGGAUAACAUGUAACGGUAAGAGAGUCGUAUAACAAACAGGUCCAUACUACAAACAGGUCCAUACUAUUGUAUUACAAACAGGUCCAUACUACAAACAGGUCCAUACUAUUGUAUUACAAACAGGUCCAUACUACAAACAGGUCCAUACUAUCGUAUUACAAACAGGUCCAUACUAUCGUAUUACAAACAGGUCCAUACUACAAACAGGUCCAUACUAUUGUAUUACAAACAGGGCCAUACUAUUGUAUUAAAAACAGGUCCAUACUAUCGUAUUACAAACAGGUCCAUACUAUUGUAUUACAAACAGGUCCAUACUAUCGUAUUACAAACAGGUCCAUACUAUUGUAUUACAAACAGGUCCAUACAAUUGUAUUACAAACAGGUCCAUACUAUUGUAUUACAAACAGGUCCAUACAAUUGUAUUACAAACAGGUCCAUACUAUUGUAUUACAAACAGGUCCAUACUAUCGUAUUACAAACAGGUCCAUACUACAAACAGGUCCAUACUAUCGUAUUACAAACAGGUCCAUACAAUUGUAUUACAAACAGGUCCAUACUAUUGUAUUACAAACAGGUCCAUACUAUCGUAUUACAAACAGGUCCAUACUAUCGUAUUACAAACAGGUCCAUACUAUUGUAUUACAAACAUCCAUACUAUCGUAUUACAAACAGGUCCAUACUAUCGUAUUACAAACAGGUCCAUACUAUUGUAUUACAAACAGGUCCAUACUAUCGUAUUACAAACAGGUCCAUACUACAAACAGGUCCAUACUAUCGUAUUACAAACAUCCAUACUAUCGUAUUACAAACAGGUCCAUACUAUCGUAUUACAAACAGGUCCAUACUAUUGUAUUACAAACAUCCAUACUAUCGUAUUACAAACAGGUCCAUACUAUCGUAUUACAAACAGGUCCAUACUAUUGUAUUACAAACAGGUCUAUACUAUCGUAUUACAAACAGGUCCAUACUAUCGUAUUACAAACAGGUCCAUACUAUCGUAUUACAAACAGGUCCGUACU